UGCUUCUCAAAGGCAUUGGGCAUCAUGAAUGAAGAAGUCCAUUUGGAGACUGCACGGAGCCUUGACAAUUUGGGAAUGAUGAUGUGGCAACUUGACAACUAUCACAAGGCUGAAGAAUAUCACAAGAGGGCCUUGGUCAUAGGAAUGCAGGCUGUAUGUGAUGGCCAUCCUGCCAUUGGUGAGUUCACCACCAAUCUGGGAGUUGCAAUGUAUUACCAAGGAAGGCUUUCUGAAGCUGAAGAACAGCAACACAGGGCGCUGUCCAUCCGAGAAGAGGCACUGGGCAAUGGACACCCGGAAGUAGGAGAGAGCUUGAACAACUUGGCAUGUGUGAUGAGCAGGCAGGGCAAGCUUCCUGAGGCUGAGGAGUGUCACAAGAGGGCUUUGGCCAUUCGCAAACAAUCUCUGCACCCUGUCCAUCCAGAUAUUGCCAUGAGCCUAGGAUGGCUGGGAGAUUUGACAUACCGGCAAGGAAGGUAUUUGGAGGCUGAAGCAUACCACAGAGGGGAGUUGGCCAUCCUAAGGCAAGCCUUUGGAUGUUACCAUCCAAGAGUUGCGUGGAGCCUCUUUAACUUGGGAUUGACUGUGUGGCACCAAGGCAAGCUUGCAGAUGCUGCAGAGGUCCUUGAAACAUGCAUAGAAGUCGAAAAGAAGGUGCUGGGCGAUGAUCACAUUGGCGUUGUAUUCACAUUGAGCCAUUUAGAGUUGAUUAGGGAGCAGAGGGACGACAAUGAUUAG